AUUACACAGAGGCACACACAUAAUCACUGCUUCAGUUGCACUCCCAAGAACAAAAGCACAAAUCGCUCCCGUACAAAGUAAAUAACUUCAGUAUGUGAACACUUUCAGAUACUUAUGAAUCUCGUGUGGAUUCACUGCAAAGAUCAACAUAUUUUGGACAUCGUAUCCUCGUCGCAUCGACAGUCUUGGAGGUGCUAGAGUUCUGGGAUGACCCCAUUUCGACUCUCUUCCCGAGCCUCCCGCUCGCUUCUCUCUUCUUUCUGCGGGAGAACAUCAAGCUCGCGCCCACCGUUUCCGUCCCUUCUUCCAAGGUCGCAAUGUCUCUGCCAAGAACUGGGUCUGAGUUCAAGAACGAGCCGCUUCCCUGGCGGGGCUUGUCCCAGCUUUCAAGCAUCACGUAAGUAUGCUGGUGAUGAGCGCAGAUAUUACGAUCUGUUUAGUGGCGGUAAGCCAGGAAAUGAAGAAUUUAGGAAAUCCUGGAAGCAAGAGAUGGAGGAAGACACUUCCCUGUGGACAGGAAGUGAGGAUGAAGGCGACAGUGAUGAGAAGAGUCGGAACGGUCUAGAAAGAAAGAUUCGUAAAGUCAGGCAAAAGGCGAAAGAGAAUUCCGACCUGAUCGAUGCAGACGAUAGUGAUGAACUACAUAGUAUAUGGUCUGAUAGUGACGAGGAGAAGACAUUGUGGACCGGCAGUGAGUGCGACGAUGACGACGACAUUCCGACUGAAGCAUACCCCAAUGAAGCCAGUGAUAAGUAUAUUGAUAAGAUAUUCGAGUUUGAGGAAAAACCGAAAUACAGGACGAUCUCAGAGCUGCUGAACGCUGAAAAUGAACCAGAAGAGUUGUCCCCCGGGAAGAAAGCCCGGAAAUUAGCAGUUGAGAAUGCCUUGAAGAAACUGAAAAAGGGACCUGAUGGUCGCUAUAUUAACGUGUGGGAAGUCAUGAGCGACUUGGACAUUUUAAUUGGAGCUUUUGAGAAUAUAGUUUCUGGACCUGAGUACGAGGAACUCAGACAGGGAGGGCCCAAGAGGUUGAAUAUGCAGUUCUUCAAAGAUAUCCAAGCACGCAUGAGGGACCCGAAUUACAAGUUCUCGCCUGAAUUGAAGCUGAAACCAAAGAGCAAGCUCGUUACAAGGAAGAAAUGGCAGAAGGCGCAAUCCAGGAGGAGGAAAGCACAAAAGCGAUGAGUAGCUUCUUUUCAAUUUUAACGCCAAAACUUCUUGUGUAAGCUGCUUCUUUCAACUAUUAAACCACCUAUGUCUGAUUACUAGGUGCUUUAAUGUAAUUCCAUAAAUCCAUCAAUUGGUGCGGUUGUUCUAUA